AUGUGUGGGGAUUAUCGGGCACUGAACAAGGUGACAGUGCCUGACCGCUACCCAAUGCCCACAGCUGAAGAUAUCUUUGACCGGCUGGGGGCAGACAGCGUUCCAUGGAGCAGAUGGCCUAUACGAUACGAGUGGCUGUUCAUGCCAUUCGGGCUGCGAAACGCGUCUGCCAUCUUUCAGAGAGUAAUGGACAGCGUGCUGAGGGGGCUGGAGUGCGCGGCGUGUUACAUAGAUGAUGUAGUAAUUUUCAGCCGGACGGAAGAAGAGCAUGUGAGAGACGUGGAGCAGACACUGAAGGCGUUGGCAGCAGCUGGGCUGACAUGCCAUCCGAAGAAGUGUAGGUGGGGAGAGGCGACAGUGCAGUACCUGGGCUAUGAGGUUAGGGGCGGGCAGCUAGGGAUCCACCAGGCGAAGAUUGAGGUGCUGAGCAGGCUGCAGCAGCCAAAGGACCGAAGCGGACUAAGGGCGGUACUGGGAUUUCUGAGCUAUUACCGCAGGUUCAUCCCGAAUUUCAGCAAGCGGGCUGCACCACUGAACGGGCUGCUGAAGGAGGACAGGAAGUGGGAAUGGGGGAUGGAGCAGGAAGCAGCAUUGAAAGAUCUGAUGGAAGCGGUGCAGACAGCAACAAUUCUGCAGCUACCCAAGACUGACAAGCCCUUUUGCCUAUACACCGACUGGAGCAGCCAAGGCAUGGGGGCAAUCCUGUGCCAGGAGUUAGAUGGGGAGGAGAGGGUUGUGGCAUACGCAAGCAGGAGCUGCAGCCCAGCGGAAGCCAAGUACAGCUCUUACCACGGAGAGGGGCUGGCAGCCGUGUGGGCUGUAAAACACUUCAGGGUAUACCUGCAGGGAAGGAAGUUCACACUGAUCACAGACCAUCAACCCCUGCAAUGGCUGAUGACCCACCAAGGGCUGACAGGGAGGAACGCGCGUUGGGCCGUGACGCUGCAAGAAUAUGACUUCAAGAUACGUCACAGGCCGGGAAAGACUCUGCAGCACGUGGACGGGCUCUCAAGGAACCCGCCGGCAGCAGAGCCAGUACACACGCUGAUGUUGCUGGCAAGGCAAGGGGAAGAGGCAGCAGUAGGGAAGCAAAAGGGGCCAAAGGAUAUUUGGGAAGAUCCAGCAGCACUGCGAUGGAUUCAGGGAGAAACUGAUGAGGAGGAGCAGGUCUCUGACAGGGUCAGGGCAAGGGGGCACCAUUACCGAUGGUACCAGGGACAGCUGCAGUUACAGACGGCGGAUGGAUGGAAGCUGGUACCUGCACCACAGGACAGGGAGGGAGUGAUUAAGGAGGUGCACAGGAAGCUGGGGCACUUCGGGCACGAGCGCACGACGGAACUGUUGAAGACCGGCUGGUGGUGGGAGGGUAUGAGAAGGCAGGUCAGGGAAUGGGUCAGCGGAUGCGAAGGUUGUCAGAGGAGCAAGGCCAGCCUAGCACAGGCGAAGCAGGAGCUGCAGUCGCUGCCGAUAAGAGGGUUAGGGUUCAGGUGGUCUCUCGACAUAGCUGGUGAACUGCCGCUGAGCAGGGGAGGCAAGCGGUAUAUACUGCUAAUGGUGGAACACGCGAGCAAGUGGGUAGAGGUGUGUGCAUUGCCGAGCAAAGAUUCCAGGCACGUGGCAAAGGCAUUCAAGGGACAGGUCCUGUGCAGGUUUGGGGCACCAGGGGAAGUGCUCACAGAUCAGGGGACGGAAUUCAGAGGGGAAUUUCAGGCACUGCUGGACGAGGCAAGGGUGACACACAGGCUGACAUCUAGGUACCACCCACAGAGCGAUGGGUUGACUGAGCGCCUGGUGCAAACCCUGAAACGGAACCUGAGGGCAUAUGGAGAGAAGCGCAAGAGAGACUGGGAUGAGGAGUUGGACUGGAUUGCGGCGGGGUACCGGUUUGGGAAGCAGGCCUCCCUGAAAGACUAUUCCCCGUAUAGCAUGCUGUUUGGGAAGGAGCCAAUCCUGCCAGUGGGAGCACCGAGGGUGCUGACAGAUGUGGUGCAAGUCACAGGAGCAGAGCAGUGGGUGGCACUAGCGGAGGCACGGGCACGAUACAUGCGGGAGAUGCUCCCUGCGGCCCUGGAAAACCUGCACACGGCGCAGUUGAGGGACGCACACAGGUAUGAGCAGCGGCAGCAGCAGGGUGGCAGGAAGGCCAGACCAGCGGUGAUGGAAGGACAAGAGGUGUACCUGCGCAGGGCAAAGAGGGAUACGCUGGACGUGGGGCUAGGAACGCAGAGAUGGAAGGUGAAGGAGGUGAGAGGGUCUGGAGUGCUGGUGCUGGAGAACGACAAGGGGGAAAAGACGGUGGAUCAUCAGACCAAUGCUGCGGCGGUGAAUGGACGAGGGCCUCAGCGAGAGGGUCCUGUGACCCGCGCACGGGCAGCCCGAGACCGGGCACAGGAGGGGGCAGGUAGUGGCUGA